AUGUUCCUGCACUACAUGGUGACCAUGGGCGGUUCCAUGGACAUUGACUGUACGAUUAUGGCGCCGGACAAGACUGUCGUCUGGAAUGCCGAGCGGGACACAGAGAACCGUGUUCUCUUCAAGUCCCGCAUACCCGGCUCGUACGCCUUCUGCUUUAGCAACCGCAUGAGCACGUUGACCUCGAAGGUGGUGUCCUUCUCUGUGAUGGUGGGUAACGGAAACGCCGCCGACGUGAUGCGGCCGAAAGGGGCGGAGUCGGACUCACUUCACCGCUCCAUCAUGCGUCUGCAGCAGGGAUUGCGCGAGAUCGAGGAGCUGCAGCAGGUCCUGCGCACCCGUGAGCGGGACCACCGCGCCACAACCGAGGUCGCCAACACGCGUGUUGUGGUCUUCUGCAUCCUGGAGAGCGUAUUCAUUAUCGGCAUGGGUGUCGGAAGCAUCUUGUAUCUGCGUCAGAUGUUCGUGACGAAGCGCAUGGUGUGA